UUGGAAGUUGGAAUCGGAAAAAAUGCAGAAAGAUGAAGGUUAUGGUGGCGAUGUUAACAUAGAGAGUAAUGUAGCAAACUCGUCUGAUCAUCAAUCUCGUAAUACUCGUGACGAAAUUGAUUUCAAUUCAUUGCAUCAGUCAAUGAUGUUCUAUUCUAAUGGAAAAUCUGUAUCGGUUACGCCUUCUGAAGGUUCGUUUGAGGAUGAGUAUGUUAAUAAUCCUUUCUCUACUGAUAAUAACCACGUGAAGGAAGCUCGGUUCGUUCUAGAGUAUCAGCAGUUGUAUAAUCGGUACGCGAUGUUAAUUACUCGUCUUCAGGAAUCGUUGACGGAUGUGGAGUCUCUUCGGAUAGAGAAUGAUGAUCUUCGUAUUGUUAAUUCUGAUUUGAUGAAACGAUUAAGUCUUCUAUCACAGGCUACUAUACAGAAUUGUCUUCUCUCUAAUAGAUCGCCUCUAUCUUCAAUCGCUAAUGACUUCAACCGACUUAACCUCGGUGGUGGAACAAUCAGAGACGAUCUCGUUGCCGCUAGUGAAGUUUCUAGUGUCAGUCCAACUAGCGUUAUUGAACGAGAUCAAUUUGAAGGAACUGGUAGUACUGAUCGUGUUACUUUGCCGAAAAGCAUUUCCGUUCGUUCAAGCGGUUAUCUGACUGUUUCUCAUCAAGGUGGAAGCAGAGGAGGAGGUUCUAGUCGUGGUGGCAUCAUCCAAUCAAAAACUGCCAACUCGAGUGAAUCGCAGCUGCAGCAGCAGCAGCAACGAGUUUAUGUGCCGAGGGGGAAAAGGGAGGAGGAAGCGAUGGAGUUCGAGGUAUACAAUCAAGGAAUGUUGAAGACGGAGCUGUGUAACAAAUGGCAGGAAACAGGUAAAUGUCCAUACGGGGAUCAAUGUCAAUUUGCACAUGGAAUUACAGAGCUUCGUCCGGUGAUACGGCAUCCACGAUACAAGACUGAAGUGUGCCGGAUGGUUCUCGCCGGAAUUCCUUGUCCAUACGGUCACCGUUGUCAUUUCCGUCAUUCACUUACCGAUCAGGAAAGGCUUCUUGGGCCACUGGCAUACAAUUGAUCGAUUAAUAAAGCUUGUACUGUAAGUACUACUACAAUAUAUUAUUAUAUAUAUUAUAAUGCUAGUAAAAUAUAUAUAUAUAUCUAUAAUAAUGGAUUCUAUCUAGGUGAUUUGGUUUUGAUUUUGAUGGUGUUUAAUUUGGUGUGUGUUUAAAUUUCCAUUUGAGUUGGUUGGUUAUAUAUAUAUGCAUUAUAUGCAUGGUGAAAGCAACUCUUGUGCAAUCUCUAUCUAUCUAUCUAUAAAAUAUAUAUGAUUAGUUGGGGUUGGGAUUUAACUGCAACCAGCGACCCAAUUUUGAUGUU